CGCGGCGGUCGAAGAAUGCUGAAAGCUUACAGCAGCUUCCUGGUCCGCCACGCCUGCGCGCUCGCCUCCCUUCUCUUCGCCUCGGCGUGGGUCAGCGGCGGCCUGCUCCUGCUGCUUGGCCGCACGCACUUUCAAAAUUAUGGCGCGUUCGAACUCCUCGUACGAGGAGCGCCAGCCGUUGACGAGAUGGACCUCGCCAACGCUGCACUCAAGGCUGCGGACGCCUGGGCGGCUGGUAGCCGCGCACGCCCUCGCACCGUCCUCUCCUCGCUCGACAGCGCCGUGGUGCUCGUCUAUUCAGCUGGAGGUGAGCCGCUGCUGACGCCGGAGCGGCUGCAGGCCAUCUGUGAAGUCGACAACGUGCUCCUCGGCACCGACGGCUACGACCUGCUCUGCUACGACGGCGCGCUGCCGAUCCCCGGCCUCGCCUCGCGCUCAAGUAUGUCCGGCCGCUCUUGCUCGCUGCAGCUCACAUCGCCGACCGCCUUCUUUUACGUCAACUGGCAGCUGGUCCUCGCUAUCGAGAAGCAGCUGCGCUGGCUGCGCCGCGUCUCGCCCUUUGCGCGCGUCGUCGAGCCUCCGCCCUCCGUGAGCCGAGAGCUGCUCCUCGCCACCUCGGCCGGCUUCGAGCGAGGCAGCCACACGCGCAGCUGCCCGCUCCUUCCGCAAGAGUACGUCGAGGCGCGCGCCGCGCAGCUGCUCGAGCUCGCCGCCACCGGCGGCACGGCCAGCGCCAACGCCAGCAGCCCCAGCGACCCCGUGGCCCGGACCGUGCGCGAGCAACUCUCUCCGCUCGUCGACGCGAGCGCCGCAACGCGCGGCCACGUGUCGCAAGCCUCCUCGGUGACCUCCUUUGGCGAGCCGCUCGACCCGCGGCUGCUCAGCUACAUCGGGGGCGGCAUCGCGCCAAACGACGACGAGGCGCGCUCGCUGCAGCUGCAGCUCCGCAACGACCUCGAGAGGCGCUUCGCGCAGUCGCUCGCGGCCGGCCUCGCACUACGGCCGCCCUCGCCCAUCUCGUCUCUCUGGCGAGGCCACGCGGCACUGCCACACGCUCUGCAGGUCGCGGCCCGGCGGCUCCUCGGCUCCUCUUCUCCUCCUCCGCGCCUCGGCCCCCCAGACCGUCCGCGCGCGUCCGCCAGGCGGUAUCGCUCGCCGACCAGGCAGUGCUGUGGUCGGCGGGCUCCGUGCUCUUCGUGUGGGUGCUGAUGGCGCUGCAUCUCCGCUCGCGCUGGCUCGCGACCCUCGGCAUCUGGCAGAUCCUCGCCGCGCUCCCGAUCUCGUGGCUUCUGUACGCGCUCUUCGUGCCAAUGACGGCGGCCAUCUCAACGCUCG